CUGUCUUGUUACAAAAUUGCCGGUGUGUGUAGUCGUGUACACUCGCCAGCAGACACUCGGAGAAUACGUUGGAAAAGAUACUGAAAUUGGAAACUGAAAGCUGCCUUAGCCAUGAAGACGUCUCAAGGGACCUGGGGUCUGCAGUGGCUCCUGAAGAUGUCUCCAGAUAAGCAAGACACGCUGUUGAAGAUGGUCAUUCUCGCUGUAGCAGCUGUAUUGUCUUUUUCCACUCGUCUGUUCUCUGUGCUGCGGUUUGAGAGUGUCAUCCACGAGUUUGAUCCUUAUUUCAACUACCGCACGACCCGCUUUUUGGCUGAAGAAGGGUUUUACAACUUCCACAACUGGUUUGAUGACAGAGCGUGGUAUCCUCUUGGCAGAAUUAUUGGUGGCACCAUCUACCCAGGUCUCAUGGUAACAUCAGCUUUGAUCUACCAUGUCAUGAACUUCUUCCAUCUGACCAUUGAUGUGAGGAAUGUUUGUGUGUUCUUGGCACCUCUGUUCUCCAGUUUCACCACCAUCGUCACUUUCUACUUCACAAAAGAACUCAGGGAUGCUUCUGCCGGUCUGGUGGCUGCUGCUAUGCUUUCCAUCGUCCCUGGCUACAUCUCUAGGUCCGUAGCAGGGUCUUAUGAUAACGAGGGUAUUGCCAUCUUCUGCAUGCUGCUCACCUACACCCUGUGGAUCAAGUCCGUCAAAACUGGAUCUAUCUUCUGGGGAGCCCUCUGUGCUCUGGCAUACUUUUACAUGGUGUCGUCUUGGGGAGGCUACGUGUUCUUGAUCAACUUGAUUCCCCUUCAUGUCUUGAUGUUGAUGAUCACCGGUCGCUUUUCUCAUCGCAUCUACGUUGCCUUCUCCACUGUGUAUUGUCUGGGAACCAUCCUGUCUAUGCAAAUCUCUUUUGUCGGAUUCCAACCUGUCCAGUCCAGUGAACACAUGGCUGCCCUUGGCGUGUUUGGUUUGUGCCAAGUCCAUGCCUUUGUCGACUAUCUUCGCUCCAAGAUGUCCAAAGACCAUUUCAACAUUCUGUUCAGAAGCCUUGUCCUGCUGGUUGGCACUGCUGUGUUUGGUGCUGCUGCUGUUGCAACUGCUCUUGGCAAAAUUGCUCCAUGGACUGGCCGUUUCUACUCCCUGCUCGACCCAUCUUACGCCAAGAACAACAUCCCCAUCAUCGCCUCCGUCUCUGAGCAUCAGCCAACCACCUGGAGCUCCUUCUACUUUGACCUCCAGCUGCUCAUGUUCCUCUUCCCCGUGGGCCUCUACUACUGCUUUGUGAAGCUCACCGAUGCCAACAUCUUCAUCAUCAUGUACGGUGUGACCAGCAUUUACUUUGCUGGUGUGAUGGUACGUCUGAUGUUGGUGCUGGCCCCUGUCAUGUGCGUCCUGGGAGGCAUUGGCAUGUCAGCUGUCCUGACAACCUACAUGAAGAACCUGGACAAUCCAAUGAAGGAAAAGAAGAGCAAGAAAAUUGAGUCAAACUACCCGCUCAAGAAUGAGAUUGCCAGCUGUGUGGUUAUCAUGAUGACGACUUUCCUCCUGUUCUACACCUUCCACUGCACCUGGGUGACCUCGGAGGCCUACUCCUCUCCCUCCAUCGUUCUCUCGGCUCGCGGAGGGGACGGCAGCAGGAUCAUCUUUGACGACUUCAGGGAGGCUUACUACUGGCUCAGGCACAACACCCCCGAGGAUGCUAAAGUGAUGUCGUGGUGGGAUUAUGGCUACCAGAUUACUGCAAUGGCAAACAGGACCAUUCUUGUUGAUAACAAUACUUGGAACAACACGCAUAUUUCCCGUGUGGGACAGGCCAUGGCGUCAACAGAAGAUAAAGCAUACGAGAUAAUGCGAGAGCUUGAUGUCAACUACGUGUUAGUCAUAUUUGGAGGAUUGACUGGUUAUUCCUCUGAUGAUAUCAAUAAGUUCCUGUGGAUGGUGCGUAUCGGCGGCAGCACAGACCGCGGCGCCCACAUCAAGGAGUGGGACUACUACACCCCACAGGGCGAGUUCCGGGUGGACAAGGAGGGCUCCUCCACCCUGCUCAACUGCCUUAUGUACAAGAUGUGCUACUACCGCUUCGGCUCUGUCUACACUGAGGGAGGAAAACCCACAGGUUAUGACAGAGUACGUAACACUGAAAUUGGCAACAAAGAUUUUGAGUUGGACGUCCUUGAGGAAGCCUAUACAACUGAGCACUGGCUCGUCAGAAUUUACAAAGUCAAGGAUUUAGAGAACAGGGGUGCAUAAUUGUAAUGUCCAGCAGAUUUUAUGUUGCGUUUGUUCAAUAAUAUAUUAUUUGUUUCUGCUGAAACCAUACCGCUCUUGUACGCUGCUGAAUGUUUAUGAAAGGAAACCUCUGGUUUUUAUCUUUUUACGUUUUUGUUGUCUACUCUCCAAGCUUUACCACAUUGGUUUUUUUAGUUUGUUCAGAGUAAGUUAUAAAAUCCAUCAAAGUGAUAGAUGAAAAAAUGGGGCGGAUGUUAGCACAAAGUUACAUGUAAUAAAUGUGAACUGGCUGUGGGUUUGACUGUUUUUAUCACAUUGCCGUUAUUUUAGCUGGACCAUUCAUCUUAAGGUUACAUCGAAAUUUUAGAGGACUUAUUGCCUUACAUACAAGCUGGAAAGUUUCUCCGAUGUGAGAAGUGGCUUAGUCUGUUCUUUUUUGUUUUAGUUGUUUUGUUUGUUUUUUUCUUUUUUCUUUUGUGUUUCUCUCUUUUGAUCUGACGGAGGGGCUGAGAUGGUGAGGCUAUGAUUUAUUGUGCGGUCAUCAUUUCUCCCAAAUGAAAAUGACACCACAUAGCUCCCGCCUUUAUCGAUUAAGGCAGUCCAUUCGCAAUAUACUCGAAGGUGUCCAAAAUGGAGUUUUGUGAUAUAUCGAGUAUGUGGGCAAAGGAUUUUUUAAACACUAUUUUUACCUUUUGUGAGGUUGUACAUUUGUUUUGCAGGGUUUAUAUGCCUUAGUGAUUAAAUUCUCUGGACCGCCGAAUUUAGUAAAGUGUUUAGUGUCAGCCCCUCUGUCAGAAAUAUAUAUUUUUUUAUACAAAUUUCAGUGCCGGUAGUCUUUGUUACAUUUUGUUAUGUAAUCUAAAUACAAUACUUAAGUUUAUAAAAGACGUUUUUAUUGCCUAUAAAAGUUGUGACCGCAGGUCAUAGUGUUCCUGCAAAUGACCGUUACAUCGGCUGGAAAGUAAAGCUGAUGGCAGGAGGUUUAGUAUCCAUUUUUACCUAUUGCAGUUUUGAUUUCAAAACCCUAAGGUUCUCUCAUUUGGAGAAUGUCCGGUGGUAUGGAAUGUGAGUUGAUUUUGUUCUCAUCGUAUAACUGUGACGUCUCUCGACUUGCCUGUUGUUUAUGACAAUAAAACGUGUAUACUUAACAAA